AUGCCGGUGGUGAGGAGGGAUGCCGGGGGUGAGGGGGAUACGGGGGUGAAGAGGAAUGCUGGGGUUGAGGAGGAAUGCGAGGUUGUUGAGGAGGGCUCCUCCAGUGCAGACGAGAGGUUUGAUGCUACCUUCCACACCAACGUCCUGGUCAACUCCUCUGGGUCCUGCCAGUACAUUCCACCAGGUAUCCUGAAGAGUACCUGCUAUAUCGAUGUUCGCUGGUUCCCCUUCGACGUCCAGAAGUGUGAUCUGAAGUUUGGCUCGUGGACCUACAACGGCUGGCUGCUGGACCUCCAGAUCCUGGACGUAGACAUCUCCUCAUACAUCCCCAACGGAGAGUGGGAUCUCGUGGGUGUCCCAGUGAAGCGUAACGAGCUGUAUUAUGACUGCUGUAAGGAGCCCUACCCUGACGUCACCUUCACUGUCACCAUGAGGAGGAGAACACUGUACUACGGUCUCAACCUGCUCAUCCCCUGUGUCCUCAUCUCUGGCCUGGCCCUGCUGGUCUUCCUGCUGCCUGCAGACUCUGGAGAGAAGAUCUCCCUGGGUAUCACUGUGUUGCUGUCUCUGACUGUCUUCAUGUUGCUGGUAGCAGAAAUCAUGCCGGCUACGUCAGACUCUGUUCCUCUCAUCGGCCAGUAUUUUUCAUUCGCCAUGAUGAUCGUGGGUCUCUCUCUCGUCGUCACGGUUCUCGUUCUACAGUUCCACCAUCACGACCCUCACGGGGUAAAGAUGCCUAAAUGG